UAUCAAUGCAAAAAAAAAUGAACAAAUUACUGCAAUAACAAAAUAAGGCUAAAAAUGGCAAAGCAUUCCAUAAAAUUACUGGCUAAGGCAUAUAGGAAGUAAAAAAGCGGAAAACAGCUUCUUUGUGAAAAAUUAAGCAAUGCUCUGAUAAAUUGUCUACGAUACCAUAAAAUUGAUUGUAUUCUAUCCGUCGCAGUAAUCUUUCCUUCAAUUUUUUUUGGUGUGAGUGAGUGUUCUUGGUGGGAUUUUUCGAUUACCUUUUUCUUUGACAAAUGUCCAUCCAUUUUUAUGCCUCUUUGUGUCAAAAAAAGUAGAAACCGAAAAAGUAUGGCAAAUAUAAACAAGUGAAAGUUGUGUGUUAAAAAAAGGAAAUAAUUUAUUACUUGAGUGAGUGAGUGAGUGAGGUGGUGUCGUCGAUAACCAUAUUUUCUAUUUUGUUGUGCUGUAUUACUUAUUGCUCCAUAAAGCUCCCCACCAAACCACAACAACAAAAACAAAGCAUUAUUGCAAUAAGCAACAGUAAUAAAAUCAUCCUCCAUAUCUCGCCGUCAUCAUUUUGUUUUACCUUUUUGUUAUUGGUGUGUGUAGUACAGGGAGAGUGGCAAGCGCGUGUGUGUGCUGGCUCUUUUGUCUCUUGGUAUUUUUUUGUGUGUUUUUGAUUACAACAAUAUCAACUUAAUUUACGUAAUUUUUCGUUUAAGUUUCAAGCGAACACACAUACGAACCUGAAGCCAGCUACCAAUACAGUUCGUCGUCAUUGUUAGAGUCGCCAUCGCCAUCACUGCCAUCCAUCGUUUUAUGGUUUGUUUUUGUUACUUUUAGCAUUAUUUGUUUGUUCGUAAGUUGCCCACCAACAAAGGUGCUUCAGAGGCAAGCAAAAGUAAACACCAAGUGAUGAACGGAAGCCCCCCAAACUAGACUGACAAAAUUCAGACAACAAUAAUAAAAACAGAAAAAUUACAGUGAUUUCCCACGUUUUACGCGAAAAUUGUACAAUAUCAAGUGCAUGAAAACUUAUCAAGAGCAACAACAACAACAAGAAUAAUAACAACAGCAACCACUAACAUCAAAUUACAACAGAGCAAACGGAAAGAAAUCGUGUUGGCGCCACAAAAAUUUUAUUUUUCAACCAAUUUGGUUUAGUGUGCGGUGCGGCAUCGAAGCAGAGACUUAGUUCAGCAAGUCAGCACUUAAUUGAGAAAAUUCCACCAUCAUGGGUUUAUUGAUCUCGAAAAUAUGGAGUAUGUUCGGAAAUGAAGAGCAUAAAUUAGUUAUGGUUGGCUUAGACAAUGCUGGCAAAACAACAAUACUCUAUCAAUUUCUUAUGAAUGAAGUCGUCCACACAUCACCCACCAUUGGAUCAAAUGUCGAAGAGGUGGUUUGGCGGAAUAUACACUUCCUGGUAUGGGAUUUGGGGGGACAACAGAGUUUACGAGCGGCAUGGAGUACAUAUUACACAAACACAGAGUUUAUUAUUAUGGUAAUUGAUUCUACAGAUCGUGAACGUUUGGCUGUGACACGUGAGGAGUUGUAUCGCAUGCUGCAACAUGAAGACUUAAGCAAAGCCAGUCUCUUGGUCUAUGCUAAUAAACAGGAUUUAAAAGGCUCAAUGUCAGCGGCGGAGAUAUCACGUCAAUUGGAUUUAACAUCGAUAAAGAAACAUCAAUGGCACAUACAGGCGUGUUGUGCGUUAACCGGCGAGGGUCUCUAUCAAGGUCUGGAGUGGAUUGUCCAACGUAUCAAAAAGAAAUGACAUACUCAUCAACAAAUGGACUGCGAUAGUAGUUUAUAGUUAAAUCAAUAAUUUACUAUUUAUAUUAUUAUUACAAAAACGAAAAAUUAAGAAAAAACCGAAAAAUUGAAGAAAAAAAUGAAAAAUAUAAAAAAAUCUACAAAAAUUUAACAAUUACUUUAAUAAUAAUUUUAUAUAAACAAAUGUAUUUUAUAAGAAAAUUUAAAGAAAAACAAAAAUCAAUAACACUGUAAAUCAAACAAAGAAGAAAAACACCGAAAAACUAACCGAGAACAAGAAGAAGAAACAAAAAACACACAUUCUCAUAAGAUAUAUGUUCAUUAAAAUAAAAUGAUAGUUUUU